UUCUUGCGAAGCGAAGGCAAUGCGCCCACGAUGCGACGGAUGCGAUAGGCCCUGCGCGGCGUGCCUGUGCCCGGCCAUGCCCAAGGAGCGCAUCCAGACGCGAAGAACAAGCGUGAUCGUGCUGCAGCACCCGCUGGAGACGAGGCAGAAGCUCGCGACGGUACCGAUUCUCGCCAAAUGCCUCCAUCCGGACUCCUGCGAGGUGAUCGUCGGGCGGCGAUUGAGGAAGGGAUGCUCGGCGCAUCUGGAUCGGCUCCUGGGAUCGCCCGGAUCGCCGGCAUUGCAACCGGUCUUGCUGCUAUUCCCAACACCAGACGCCACGGAGAUCUCUUCCUGGGCGAGAAUUGGCGAUGGAGCAGCCAGCGCCGAGAGGAUCGUCUUGCUGAUCGUGGACGCGACCUGGCAGCACGCCAAGGAGAUGGUGAGCGCUAGCAUGGAAUUCCUGCGUGGAUUCGCGAUUCCGGUGUGCCUGCCGUUUGACAAGCGCAGGGAGGGGCUGGGAAUGGGAGGGAAUUCGGACCUAAUCCUCAAGAAGGAGCCCUACCAUGGGUGUAUGAGCAGCAUGGAGGCAGUGGCGAGGGCGCUGGGCGUGUUGGAGGGCGAAAAUGGGGGAGAGAUCGAGCGGGCAUUGCUAUCGGUGCUUCACAGGAUGGUCUCGCUACAAAUCUCCCAUUUGCCACAAUGUAAGAAUUAGGGUUCUUCUUUUUUCAAACUGCUGGGAUGAUACGUGUACGGCGAAGAAUUAGGUCUCCUUAUUUUUCAAACUUAGGUCUAUCGGCUGGUAUGAUGCCACGUGUACGGCCAAGAUGAUUUAAAAUCCCUCGUUUGCUUCAAAAAGAACUAAGAACAUCGCCUCUACUUCU